CUGUUCCUCUCUGUCUUUUGCUCUUUGCUGGGUCUGUUGGGUCUACCAGUCUCUCCCUCUCUCUCUGUUCUGUAUUAGCUCUGCUUUUUUUUCUCUGAAUCUCUUUCCCUUCGCUCUCUCUCACUUUGUGCUGUGUGUUUCGCCCGUGCCAUUCAGACUCUCUCGUUUUCUCCACGUUUUAUCUCUCUCUCUCACACACACACACACACACACACACACACACACACACAGUUUUCCCCAGUUUUCUCUGUCCUUUGCAUCUCUUUCAUUCUGCAUCUCUCUCUCUCUCUAUCUCUUCAUUGCUCUAUCUUUCCCGGUUAUGUCAUCUCAAUUCCUGUCAUUCUCUGAAUACUAAAUCUUUCAUUUCACUCCAAUUGAAGCUCCUCUGUUCCAUUCUGGAUAUUUCCGCUUCUCCUCCUCCAAACUUGUGGCUUUCUCCCUCUGUGCAUGCAGUCCACGCACUGAGCUCUCAGGCUGGGGGGACGCACGCGGCUAAUGUCGUCUGACGCUCUCGCCGAGUGAGAUAUGGAGGCACAUCAAUGCCGUGGACAUCAGCCCUCGAGGAGCUCAAGCUCACCCAUGCAUUUGUUCGGCUGGAUGAGGUGGCCUCGUCUGGACGCUGAGAGGGCCAGUGGCUCCCACUCAAAUUCCGUAGCUGCUACCACGGCAACGGGAUGCCUCCCGAACGGCGUGCUCCUUCGCGAGCUUCUCUGGCACUUGGAGCAGCGGGAGUGCCUGCUCCGCGAGGAGGCCUGGCAUCUGUUUCUGUCGCGCCGGGGCGCCCAGGGGUGCCGGCGCCCACCGCCAGCGCCAGCUCACGCCUUGCCGCGUCCACUCAUGCCCAGUGCUGAAAGGCGGCAGCUGGAGCGCUUGUGUGCCCGCGUGCCACCCUCACACACUGCAGCAGUACUGUCCAGGUUCCGUGAAGUUUUGGCCACCAACGAGUUCCUGCCGUGGGAGCUGGUGUGCGUCUUCAAGCAGGUACUGCGGGACUUCCUGGUCCGAGAGGAAGAAGGAGCCCUGAGAGGUCUCCCUCCGCCACGGACACGAUCACGACCACCUCCGCCCGUACUCACACCCACAUCACCAGCACGGCCAGUGCCCACUCCGUCAGCACACUCUACGGACUAUCGGCUUAGCGGCUGCCCACCGAGAGACACAUCCAGCCCACUUCCCCCUGCGACCGACAGUGUGGACGGACACCGUCGGGAGGAGAUCCCAACCAUCUCCAGCUACGUGGACCGCCACCUGAGCGCUGUCUGCCCCUACGCUGUCCACCGUGACUGGAGCCUGCCUUACUGCUACUCGGUUCCUUAUGACUGUCCAGAGGCCUACGGCACCACCCUGUAGGGUAUCCCCUGUCAAGAAGAGAAUAAACAGACUGUAGCCAGGAAGUUAAGACAGAGUUCUACCCUUAGGCGGGGAUCACAUUAGCCAGCGGCAAGUGGCAGGUUUCCUAUUCUCUAUGGUUCAGCAGCGGAACGGUGGCAACGCUGGUGUAACGCGCUGAACAAGCUGAGCGUUGAGCUUGGUUCAACUUUCAAAGCGCAACGCGAGCGUAUUCAAGUUAAGACAAACCGCUUGUGUUACCAUAGGAACGAGAUAUAACUUUUUAUGGUGUGAGCGUUGCGUUGCGUUACGCUUGCCGCUGGCUAAUGUGAUCCCUGCCUUAUAGUCCAUGUCAACUGCUGGAUUUCUCCCUCAGCACAACUGUCACACAAACACAUAUAAGUUUAACUUAUAUCCUAAACCCGACUGUUGUAUGGCUUUUACUUCCUACUAAAGGACCAGGAUGAACCUGAAAUGUUUUUUUUUUAAAAGAUGGAACUCCUGUGACAUUGAGUCUCCUCCACCUCUUCCAGAUAGCAUAAAAUGGCACAUUUUUGUGUUAAAAAGUCCCAUUUCUUGUUCUGCCUUCUGUUCCUGCCUGAUCCAUCCCACCAGUGUGUACACCCUCCUCUCAAACGUUGUAGCAUUGUUACCCCGACGCUCAGGGUUCUGACUCAAUACUUAUCCAAUGAUGUCUUGUCUUGAUGAAAGUAGUGGUACAACAUUUUAUAGCACUAGAGAUGGAAACAUUACUUUAUGUCAUUUUAGAUUUCUAUCAUUUGUUACAGCAGAACUAAGUUGAUCUGAUUUUGAAUCUAUCAGUAUUGCAAAACAAUAUAAGAUGUUGUUGCACACAAGAUGAAAUAAAUUUAGUGCAAAUCA